AUGGCUACGGAUGAGGAAGAAAUGGAAUGUCUCAGUGUUACCUUCGAGGAUAGUCUAGAUCUUGAGGAACGAUUGGAGAACAAUAUACACUUGGUGGGACGGUUAAUCACAAAUAACGAACCGUCGGAACAUAUGGUCAAGGAAGUUCUUCAUAAUGCUUGGAAUAAGAUGGGAGAUGUCAAGAUCUUAAAAGCCAAGCCUAAUAUCCUUGCCAUCACCGUAGAGGAAGAAGCUAUUACAAGACGCCUCCUUGAAGGAAACCCUUGGUUCAUUAAAGAUUAUACAUUCUCUGUUAAAUUUUGGCCAUCCUACCAUUCUCUGGAUGACAUCAAGGCUAAUAGGGCUAUCUUCUGGAUCCGAGCUCAUGGAGUUCUUAGGCAUUUCUGCACUUUGAAGAAUGCUAAGUGCAUCGGUGAGAGAUUGGGAGAUGUCUUGGAAGUUGACAAUCCUCUGGAGUCUGGUUUUAGGGGUUUUCUUCGCCUCAAAGUGGAUUUUGAUGCCUCUAAACCCCUUAUUACUCAAUUGAAGAUUUCGUGCCCAAAGGAAGGUCAUCGGUCCAUUCGCUUCAAAUAUGAGGGGCUUCGUAUCUUCCACUACCACUGCAGCCGACUGGAGCAUGCUAGCAACUACAUAAACCCAGUGCCUCCACUCCCUUCGGGUGGUUACAGAUUCCCAAUGGAACUAAGAACUGCCCCGUUGUCCAAGGCCUCCCUCUUCCUCUUCCCAUCCUUCAAAACGUCCCAAGUGGUGUCGGGAAAGGAUGAUCAGCAUUGGAGAAAUAAGUGA